AUGUUCAAAGUUCUGGGAGCGCUCACUGGCGCUAAAGACCCUUCAGAUCUAACUCAAGAGGAGCGAAGCCAAAAAAUUUUGAGUCAAGCGCAUGAUUUUGAGCUAGCUUUGCAAGCAAUGGAUUAUGUUCUGGAUGACCAUCCACGACGGGGCCUGGAGCUACUACGGGACGAUCCGGAAAGCAAGAAAGAAGAUGACGAUCGAAGCGUUCGAGUGCUGGCUCGUGGUGUAAUUGAGUUCCUGGAGGCCACUUUGGGCUUUGAAGCGAGCGUCAUGAAAAAAGCCGCAACGACAUUGGCAGAAGCUCAGCAACUUUCAAAGGAAAGAAGACAAUAUUUUCAGAAGAUUAAGCUCAAAACGAGUUCGUUGUACCCACCGGGCACGGAAUACGCAGUAACGUUCACGGAGGCGUGCUUGCUGCAUGCCUUGCUGAUGCUGUUCAGCGAAAGCAUGGUGGAAAGUGCCAAAGCCUUGUUCAAACUCAGAAAGGCCUACCACAUGUUGCAAGAGAUUCUCAACGAUAUCAAGGGUGCUAGGGACAAAAGCAAGUCGUCGUUCUACGCACAGGACGCCAAUGAGUCCCGGGCGUCGUUCAUCGCGGCAGACACUUCUACGUUCACGUCCGUGGAUAUUCCUUACCAGCUCACACCACAGGAACAACAAGACCGGGAACUUAUGCAGCUGGCGGAAGACGUGUAUAAAAUGCGCAAAUUGAGACUUGAAGGCGCUCACAUCGGCAACUCCCCAGCGGCGGAGCGAUUGAGAACCGACCUUGGUCUCCAGGCUGUGAAAGAUCUGCUGGCACGGAAAGCUUCAAAGCAGUCAUCUGCACUAUCGGAAGAUGAAAUUGAGCAGGACCAAGCAACUAUUGACGAAUUCAUCCAUUCAGGGGUGAAUCUGUGCUUCGGAAUUCUGCAAGUUGUUUUGUCACUUAUUCCACCGGCAAUUGGGGCUGUUCUAUCUGUUGUGGGCUUUCGCGGCUCCAGGGAAGAAGGGCUGCGCAUGAUAUGGCGGUCCACUAAGGACCGCAACAUCCACGGUGGAAUCGGUCUGCUGUCGCUGCUUUUUUACUAUGAUGGCCCAUUCCAGUUUACUGAUGUAGACUUUGAUGUUCCUGCGGCAAGUGAUCACCUGGAAAAAAUCACCUCGAGUGACUUCGAUACAGCCACAUUGCUUCAUCCUGGGAAGCUGCUGGAAGACUCUCUGCUGCGGGCGAGAGCCAUCUUUCCAAAUAGUGCUUUGUGGCUCUUGCAGGAAGCGCGAAUGCUGUCAUCAAAGGGAAGACCUCAAGAGGCGGUGGAUAUGAUGGACUCUAUUGACGUUAGCGAAAUCGAGAUGAAACAAGUCAAAGCAGUCAUGGUGUUCGAUCGUGCCUUAACGCUUGUUCAUCUUCAUGAAUUCGAAAGAGCUGCGGAGGAAAUGCUUUCUCUUUUGAACAUAAGUGAAUGGUCGCACGCGUUAUAUACUUACUUUGCGGGAUGCUGCUUUCUGGAAAAGUAUCGAAUGUGCCAGUUGGGCUUGCUAGACGAUGCCAAAAUGGCUUAUUACAAAGCGCGUGCUACAAAACUAAUCUUUGGGUCUCCGGAUUUGGCGGGCAAAAAGAAGUUCAUGGCCAAAAACACGCCGCUGGAAAGGUUUAUGCUGAGAAAGGUACAACAGUUCAAAAAACACCAAGCUGAUUUGAAACUGAGCGACCCUCUUGACGCUAUUGGUGUUUCUCCUGUUCAUGAGCUCAUGUAUUUCUACAACGGCUACAACAGAAUGACGGAAAAGGCCCUCCUUCUCUCACACAAGCUGCUCACGGAGUACAAAAACCCCAUGUUAGAGGCGAAUGAUCCGGAUCAGGAGCUAAUAAAGAGCUUGCUCACUUCUCUUACAUUGCGAAGAUUGGGGAAAGUUGAAGAAGGUUGUGCUCUUUUGGACAAUACGGUUUUACCUAACGUAAUAGUCAUCGAGACCCCCGACAAGUUCAGGUACAUCAAGAAGACCGAGGACCCCUGGGUGUAUCCAACUGCCCUAUAUGAACGUGCUCUUUUCACCUGGAAACUUAAAAGGCUUGACGGAGUAGAAGAAUGCAAAAUGUGGCUCACACGGGCCCAAAACUAUGCAGAUGAUUACGAACUUAGCACACGGAUAGGGAUGAAAAUCAAGGCUGCUCUUGAUAGGCUAGAUGCUUGA